UACGGAGCCACGCGCAGCUCCGGACGCAAUGGACCCGGCUCUGGCCACGCAGAUAAGCGAGGCGGUGGCCGAGAAGUUACUGCAAUACCGGCGAGACACGUCAAGCUGGAAAAUUUGCCGGGAGGGCAACGGAGUUUCCGUUUCCUGGCGGCCAUCAGUGGAGUUUCCAGGGAACCUGUACCGAGGGGAAGGCGUUGUGCUCGGGACGCCGAAGAAGGUGUGGGACUGCAUCAAGCCUGUCUCUGGGGGAUUGCGAGAGAAAUGGGAUGAGAACGUGAACAGUUUCGAAAUAAUCGAAAACAUCACAGAUACACUGUUCAUCAGCAGAACUUCCACCCCCUCGGCCGCCAUGAAGAUCAUUUCUCCCAGAGACUUCGUGGACUUGUUGCUCAUCAAAAAAUACGAGGGUGGAGUCAUCAGCACCAAUGCUACCAACAUUGAGCAUCCCUCAUGUCCUGUGCGGCCAGGCUACGUGAGAGGGUUUAACCACCCCUGCGGUUGCUUCUGUGAACCUCUGCCUGGGGAGCCCGACAAAACCCACGUGGUCACAUUCUUCCACACCGACCUCAGCGGUUACCUCCCACAGAAAGUAGUGGAAUCCUUCUUCCCCCGCAGCAUGGCUGGAUUUUACGCCAACCUUCAGAAAGCAGUGACUAACCACCAAGACUGACACUGUCACUGGUUGUCGAAGGACUUAUCCUAUGGAUGGAGGAGCUCCAGGUGGAAGGAUGUCCAAGAUCCUGGGAGAAGCUGAGGGUCUAUUUCGCCCUUUGGAGCCUUGCCUUCCAGGCAGGGGUUGCUUGGGGUGGGCGGUCUGUGUGCUCAGCCUUCUCUCUGCCUGCUGUCCGAGCACAGCUCCCUGAACAUGGUGGACCGAAGCCUCUGGCCCCCGGAUAGGGACUCUGUCAAGGCUCCACGUGAUGCACUCUGGUCCAAACCUUUGUCUGCCGGCCACUAGCAGAGUUGUGUUUCCCUCUUUGUCACAAAGAACCAGGUGCUGCUGCAUUUGCACCACCGAGAGCUCUCUCUGA